UAGAAUACAAAUGAAUCCGUCUUUGACAUCAUGUGCACUCUUAAUUGGUUUGAUCAGUCUAUUAACUUGCCUACCAGAAAGCUUGUCUACGACUACAACACCUGAAAAAAACGUCCAUGAAACUUGUAAUAUGUGCUGCCACGGGCCGCCUGGGCAACCUGGGAUUCCUGGGGUUCCAGGAACAUCUGGAGGGUUGGGUCCAGCUGGACCAUCUGGUAGUAAGGGUGACAGAGGUGAGUUUGUCCGAGGUGAAAAAGGAGAUAGAGGCGAAAAAGGAGAGCCGGGAAAUGAAGGUUCAAAAGGCAAUAAAGGAAGCGAAGGAUCUCCAGGUAAACAAGGACCGCUUGGAAAAAUAGGACCACAAGGACCACAAGGGAACAAUGGAUCAAAAGGAGAAAAGGGCGAAUCACCACAAGUCCGUAAAUCUGCGUUUACUGCAGUACGCACCACUUCAGUACCCACUUCAGAAUCGAUCAUUCUAUUCACUUCAAUGGAGAUUAAUGUCGGAGAAGACUUCGAUAAGAAUACCGGAAAGUUUACAUGUAGAAUUUCAGGUUUCUAUUACUUCAUGUUUAGUUUUUUGUCGCUAAGUGGUUAUGCUCCGUAUGUUAAAAUGAAGUUAAAUGGGCGAGAUAUCACAACCGUACAUCGUAGUACCACUACUAGUAAUGAUCAGUUAAGUUCUGGAGCAACAGUUCAACUGAAUGUCGGCGAUGGAGUCUGGCUGACGAACGAAGGUAGACAAGUCUAUGGUCAUUCAAGCCACCCUCUUACCUUUACUGGAAUACAAAUGAAUCCGUCUUUGACAUCAUGUGCACUCUUAAUUGGUUUGAUCAGUCUAUUAACUUGCCUACCAGAAAGCUUGUCUACGACUACAACACCUGAAAAAAACGUCCAUGAAACUUGUAAUAUGUGCUGCCACGGGCCGCCUGGGCAACCUGGGAUUCCUGGAGUUCCAGGAACAUCUGGAGGGUUGGGUCCAGCUGGACCAUCUGGUAGUAAGGGUGACAGGGGUGAGUUUGUCCGAGGUGGAAAAGGAGACAGAGGCGGAAAAGGAGAGCCAGGAAAUGAAGGUUCAAAAGGCAAUAAAGGAAGCGAAGGAUCUCCAGGUAAACAAGGCCCACUUGGAAAAAUAGGACCACAAGGACCACAAGGGAACAAUGGAUCAAAAGGAGAAAAGGGCGAAUCACCAGUGGACAAGUCUAUGAAGGCAGACGAUUGCUGUUUGUCAUUUCUUGAAGAUCGUUGUGACAAAAGAAAACAAAUGAAUCCAUCUUUGACAUCAUGUGCACUCUUAAUCAGUUUGAUCAGUCUAUUAACUUGCCUACCAGAAAGCUUGUCUAUGACUACAACACCUGAAAAAAACGUUCAUGAAACUUGUAAUAUGUGCUGCCACGGGCUGCCUGGGCAACCUGGGAUUCCUGGAGUUCCAGGAACAUCUGGAGGGUUGGGUCCAGCUGGACCAUCUGGUAGUAAGGGUGACAGAGGUGAGUUUGUCCGAGGUGAAAAAGGAGAUAGAGGCGAAAAAGGAGAACCGGGAAAUGAAGGUUCAAAAGGUAAUAAAGGAAGCGAAGGAUCUUUAGGUAAACAAGGCCCGCUUGGACAAAUAGGACCACAAGGACCACAAGGGAACAAUGGAUCAAAAGGAGAAAAGGGCGAAUCAUCACCCUCAUCACCAUCAGAAGUCCGUAAAUCUGCCUUUACUGCAGUACGCACCACUCCCGUACCCACUUCAGAAUCUAUCAUUCUAUUCACGUCAAUGGAAAUUAAUGUCGGAGAAGACUUCGAUAAGAAUACCGGAAAGUUUACAUCUAGAGUUUCAGGUUUCUAUUACUUCAUGUUUAGUUUUUUGUCGCAAGGUGGUAUUGCUCCGUAUGUUAAAAUGAAGUUAAAUGGGCGAGCAAUCACAACCGUGCAUCGUAGUACCGCUGGUGGCAGUGAUCAGUUGAGUUCUGGAGCAACAGUUCAACUGAAUGUCGGCGAUGAAGUCUGGCUGACGAACGAAGGUAGACAGGUCUAUGGUCAUCCAACCCACCCUCUUACCUUUACUGGGUUUAUGGUAUACGAUAUGAACUAACAAAGGAUGUACUUUGCAUUUUUGAUGAUUGUAGAUGUGCAAGUAGUUCUGUAGAUAUUUUCGGAGAAAGUCUUGAUUGAUUACAAAUAAUAAUAAUAAUAAUAAUAAUAAUAAUAAUAAUAAUAAUAAUAAUAAUUAAUAAUAAUAAUAAUAAUAAUAAUAAUAUUGAUAGGCCUAAUUAUAAUAAUAACAAUAAUAAUUAUAAUAACAAUAACAACAAUAAUAAUAAUAACAAUAACAAUAACAGUAUGUGACACUUAUUAUAAAGUGGUUCAAUGCCGGCAAGCCGACUCAAGAGUGCAUACAGUCAAUCAUAUUAAACAAUACCAUACACCCAAGAAAAUCCAUUUUAUGUAGCCACAUCCCUUAAAAAAUGUCUGCUAUUAUGAAGCUCGUGAUUUCUAUGUAAGUGGGGGACGGGAAGGGGGUGGGGAGGUUUUCACCUAAAUUAUAAUUGAAAUAAGGAAACAGUAGGCCUAAAAAUAAGAUGAAUAUAUAGCUGAUUGAUUUAAUUGUUUGAAAUCGAAUUGAGUAAGCAAAUACGUCAAGACAAGUGUUUGGAAUUUGCUCAGAUGAACAUGUCAUUUGUUGCUCUAUGUAGUACGAUACAGAUCGCACGAACAGUAGCUUUACGUAAUGAAAAAAUGGCAUAAUAUACAGUAAGAAUUAUCUAUUAGGAAUAUUGAGGUUUUAAAAACUAUUCGUUAUUGGAAAUUAUGAACUUGAAUACCAGAACUUUUUCAAUUCAAAAUAAUCGUAAAUAUUUAUUUUGAAUAAAAUUACCGUACUUUUAUAGUUUGGUUUCUAAUUAAUGAAAUUAGAGAAUGCAAUUUAAUGCAUUUUAUAGGUCUAUAUUAUUAUUAUUAUUAUUAUUAUUAUUAUUAUUAUUAUUAGGCCUAUUAUUAUACGAAUCAUUACGAACAUUCCUGACAUGAUGAAUGUUGCUUGAAGAAUAAAACAUUGAAUGUAAA